AUGGUUGCCGUUGCGCAUCUGGCCGCACCUCUUCGCAACCAGGUUUACACAGAAACUAAUUUAAAUAGAUUACAAAACAUAGAAGGAAUUCAAGAAAAAUACGAUGCCUUAGAAAAAGAAUUAAAACAAAUAAAAAAUAACAUCAUACAAAAUGAAUCGACAAAAGCCAAAGUAGAACCGAAUGCCAGAAACUUAAUUAACGUUAACGGAGCACAACUCAACCAUCUAAGAUUUGCAGACGAUCUGAUACUUAUUUCAGGCGAUGCGAUAGGCUUGCAAGAAAUGCUAGAACAACUUGUAUUUGAAAGCGAAAAUAUUGGACUCUCCAUGAACACCUCAAAAACGAAACUGAUGACUAACGUUGAACAAAUUCCAAUUGUAGUUAAUGGUUCAAAUGUUGAAUACGUGGAGUAA